AUGACCACCACGAUCGGCCAGAGCGCCCCUCUGAAGCUCGACGGUGUCUCUGAACCCGCCGUCGCUUUCGAGCCUUUCACUCUGCCGAGCAGCAACCAACGUACCCUCGGUCAACCCCAUGCGGGCAACACCGCCAUUCCACUUGCUCUCAAGCCCACAGCACCUGUCUCUCUCUCGGACGCCAUCAACACCAUCAAGGGGCUCCAAGCCAACAACGGUACUCUGACCAAGCUGCUCGCCAACCACGGGACUCUGCUCUUUCGUGGCCUCCCUAUAUCCUCAGCAAGCGAAUUCAGCCAGUUUGCUCAUGCUUUCGGCUACCGCCCCCACGAAAUCAUCGGCAUCGUCGUGGACCGGCCUCUACUUGCUCCCAACGUUGCUCCAGCCAACGAGGCACCACCCAACGUCCUGAUCUACAACCACAAUGAAUCCCCUCAAGUGCCACAUGCUCCCGAAUACAUCUUCUUCUACUGUCACAAGGCUCCCACUGUUGGAGGCGAGACACCCAUCAGCAGCUCUCUGGAGCUCUUUCAGCGUGCACAGACAGAGAUACCGGACUUCAUCAGCGAAAUCGGCGCCAAAGGCAUCCUUAGCCGAGUAACUUACAAACUCGACAAGCAGUACGCUGGGGGCAGCACGCUGCGACAGGCCUUUGGCAAGGAGAUCCUCGACUCAGAUGAUGCCGACACGCGCCGACGCAAGAUAGAGGCUCAAAUUGAACGCUACGGACGCGGCGAGUUCACGACGUGGAAGUGGGAGGACGAUGGACAGACGCUGAUCAUUGAACACCGCCUGCCGGCCAUCCGGACGCAGCAGAAUAGCGGCCUUCCCACGCUGUUCACCGGCUUAGCCGCGUACUGGAAGAACGCAAAGGUCAACCAGGUCGCGCGGAAGAAUGUGACCACGCAGCUGUUCGGCGACGGGACGCCGAUUCCGGACAAAUACCUUGAGCGACUAGCCGACAUUACCGAUGAGAUCCGGGUGUUGCACAAGUGGCAGGAAGGCGACGUUUUGGUAUACGACAAUGUGAUUGCGCAGCACGGGCGAGAGCCGUGGCAGGGAGAGCAGGGCGACCGAGUGGUCAUGGCGAGCUUGUUUGAUGGGCCGAGUGUGCCGGGUGCGUAUGGGCAAGCACCGUGGGCGCAAGUCGUACAGGCGACCGAGGGGUAA